CAUCUCCGUCCUCUACCUACUCGAUUGCGACCAUGACUACGCAAUUCGACCGUAUCUAUCACGGUCUGGACACCAAUGUUGGAAAAUUUCGUGUUGCGGCCAGCGGUAUGGCCUGGAGAGCAGAAGACGGCGACACCACUGUGGCGAUCUCCGGACCAGACAUCAAAUGGGCACAAUGGCUACGAGUAGCGAGGAACUUCCAGUUGCGAGUGGGUCUGAAGGAUAGGAGACGAGAGACAUUUGACGGGUUCAUGAGAGAAGAUCAUGACAAAGUGGCAGGCCUGAUGAAACAGCACUUUGGUAUCACUCUCGAAACCAAGGACGUCACAUUCAAAGGCUGGAACUGGGGCGUGGCGGAUGUCCAAGGUCAAGAUCUUGCAUUUUUGGUGUCAAACAAGACAGCUUUCGAGCUGCCAUUACAACAAGUCGCCAACUCAAACAUAGCCGGCCGUACCGAAGUCUCGUUAGAAUUCGCCCAUGGCAACCAAAAGCCGAGGAAACAUGCGCCCGACGAGAUGGUCGAGAUCCGUUUCUACAUCCCUGGGACUACGACCAAGGGAGGGCCUCGCGGCUCAGAAGACGGUUCGCAAAAGUCAGACGCUGAGGAUGAAGGGGAGGAAAUGAGCGCAGCUCAGGCCUUCCACGAUGCCGUUAAGGAGAAGGCCGAACUGGGCGAGGUUACUGGCGACCUAAUUGUUAGCUUCGAGGAGGUACUUGUCCUGACCCCGAGAGGGCGUUACGAUAUGGACAUGUUCCCCGACUUCUUGCGACUACGUGGCAAGACGUACGACUACAAAAUCCUCUACUCGAGUAUCUCCCGACUAUUCCUGCUUCCUAAGGAUGACCUUCACGUCCUGUUUAUCCUGGCCCUUAGCACCCCAAUCCGGCAAGGUCAGACCAGGUACCAAUACUUGGUCAUGCAAUUUAGUCGGGAAGAGGAGAUAACGGCUGAGCUGAACAUGACCGAAGAGGAGGUCGCACAAUAUGAUCGUCUCAAGAAGAGCUACGAAGAUCCUACCUUCGAGGUUGUGUCAAGCGUUUUCCGUGCUCUGUCGAAGAAGAAGAUUGUGGGUGCGGGAAGUUUUUCGAGUCGAGAUGGCCACCCUGGUAUCAAAGCCAAUCUCAAAGCGGUGCAAGGCGAUCUCUUCAUCCUCGAGAAAUAUAUCUUCUUCGUCUCGAAAUCGCCAGUUCUUAUCGAACUCAGUGAUAUCCAUCAAGUCGUCUUCUCACGUCUUGGGCAAGGCAUGGCAGCCCGCACAUUCGACAUUCAGAUCGUCACAAAGAGCGGACCCGAGUACACCUUCACAUCUAUAAAUAAGGAGGAGCACGAGCCAACUGAGACGUAUCUGAAGGACAAGAAGGUCCGAGUGAAGAACGAGAUGAUGCAAGACGUCGAUCUCCUUGCCGGAGCUGGUGAAGAUGAUGAGGAUGAGGAGAUGGCGAGUAUCGGCAGUGGCGACGAAGUUGUUAAGAGCCGAGGUGCGGACUCGGAGAGUUCCGAGGACGAGGACUAUGCGAUGUCGGAAGACGACGCUGGCUCCCCUUCAGAGAGCGACUCUGAUAGCGAGGGCGCCGCUACUGCGUCGGACGCCAGCGGUGACCGCGACUUCCUCAAGCCCAAGGGCUCGAAAGCCAAAGGGAAGGCCAAAGAUGACGGUGCAGGCAAGAAGAAGAAGUCCAAAGCUAAAGCCGAGGAAGGCGAUGCCGACGAGGACAAACCCAAGAAAUCCGCACCAAAGCCGAAGCCUAAGCCUAAGAAGAAAGAGGAUGACGCUUCCAUGGACGUGGACGAGCCUUCGACGUCCAGGCCGAAGCCGAAACCGAAACCAAAGGUUAAGGAGGGAGAGGAGGACGAGCCUCCAAAGAAAAAGCCGAAGAAGUCAGAGGAUUGAGCGUCGUCGCCCGUUUAUGUACUCGUAAUGUCUCUCUAAUGUUGUCGAUGUUCUUGUUUUUGUG